AUGACAUGUUUCCCUAGUUGCAGCCAUGGAAAAAUACUUGUGUUUGUGUUCUAACAUAAAGCCAUAGAAACCGCUGGGCAUGAGGGUAUAAAAACGGAAUGACAUCUGAAUGAGGACCACAAACCCUUCUGCUCUUUCCAGGACGUGUUUACUGUGCGGACUUGAAAAUGAAGAUUUUUAUUUCAGUUGCUUUGUUGGCAUUUGCCGGUCUCUUCCAAGAAAGAGAUGCUGCCAUUGCAUGGACGACUCCCUCAGGCGGGAGUGGGUCAGCAAACGUAGCUGAAAACAAUGCAGCGGGAGCCACAGUGGAAACAUUGGUCGCGACUUCAACCGGACAAACUAUCGGAAAUUAUACUCUGGUGACCCAAGGCUCUCCAUUUACCUUGGCAACUGGUGGCGCGCUAACGGUUACAGCUGCAAAUACCCUUGACUUUGAAACGACCCCAACCUACACACUAGAGAUUCAGGUGGCAGAUGAUGCUCCUUCUUCAUCAACAGCGACACUUACUGUAUCUGUUACUGACGCCAACGAUGCUCCAGUGUUUAGUCCUGCAACCUACACGGCAUGCGUAAAUGAUGGAACUGCAGCAGGUACAUCAGUGACAACAGUGACCGGAACUGAUCAGGACAGCGGAGACACACUUACUUACUCUAUUACCGGCGGGAACACAAACACUGACUUCAGUAAUGUUGCAUCUGAAAUUCGUACAGCGAAAACACUUGCCAUGGCAACAACACCAAGCUACAAUUUGCAAGUCGAAGUUCAUGAUGGCACCGUCACUGCAACAACAACCAUCAGUAUAACUGUUUCUUCGAAUUGUAACAGCGCCGCCUCAGCUCUCGUUGUCAGCCUCUUGACCAUCAUGACAGCUCUUGUUGCAUCUAUGAAUUAAAUCUUUGUUGAACAGUAUUGAAAUUGUUGAAAUCCAGCAAAAGCCAUUUUAAAAUCAAUAACUAAAAUAUUACAAUAUCGUCGCGCGUAUAAAAAACAUUUAUCUCAUGAAACUGAAACAAUAACAUUAUAAAGCAGAGUAACACGACUCAGAUAAUGUAACUAGUUUGAAGUAAUUUAUAUGCCAUCUAAAAUUUACGGACUACACUACAACAAAAUGUCAAACACUGCUAAUGCUGACGAUCUAAUUUGAUUAUUCAACCACGUUGACAUCUUUAAGGGAAAUUCUGCAAUUUCCGUACCAGUUAACAAGUAAUUCAUGUCAAACAUAAUCAAAUGUAUAUAUAUCUUGUUUGAAUGUCAGUACCGUAGGUGAGAUGAUUACCUUUAAAUCCAGGAAAUUCUACCCACAUUGCAUUACAUGGUCAAACGUGCCGUGACUACUUCAAAAAUAAAACACUCGAAAGGUGUGACUAUCUGUAAUAGUGUCCGACUUUUGUGAAAUUUAGCGUCUAUCUACGAAACCUUUUAUCGACUUAUUUUCUUUUCAAGCGUAGACGUAUCUAAAAUUUGUUUUUGAAACGUUAUAACAAAAGAAGAUCAAACACCAUCCAGUUGUCAAUUCUUUAACAGUGUAACGACUAUAAUGGAUAUCCGAUAAUAGGUACCGGUGAUCGAGUAUCUGAAUAUUCGAAAAUCCGAACACGAGAAUCCUGAACACAAGUCACUGCUCAUACAGCAGAGAACAACACAUUAUAAAUGAAUGUCUCAAUGUCCUGGUGAGAAUGUAUACUCCCUACCACGUGUUUCUUUGUUUUUCACAUUUUGCGAUUAAGAAAUGAUUUCGGUAAUGAGAUACCAAUGUGUCGAUGUCUGAGUCAUUUCUAAGUUAAUAUGAUGUGCUUCUUUAGUUGAUUUAUAUUGAGUGCCUUAUACAUUUACAUUGUUCGGUAAGUAUUAGUAUCAAACUAGAUUGAACGACGUAAAAAAUGACUGUAUACCUUGAACAUCAACCCUGCAGCUCAAAGUUGAAAAGACAAAAAUAUGUAAUUGAGCAGUCAAUUGCUUUCAUUCCAUCGGUCUUGCGACAAUAUCAGCUUAAGUUGCUCAAACGUAGAUAUCAAACCCUACAGUUAAUCAGAAUAUACUGACAAUGCUUCGUUUUGUAUAAGUGUAUGUGUGAAAAAAAAUAAAACAAUAUAUAAUAGCAUU